AGUUAUACUCGCUCAAUGAUUACAAGCCUCCCAUCUCCAAGGCUAAAAUGACACAGAUCACUAAGGCUGCAAUUAAAGCCAUAAAGUUUUACAAGCAUGUUGUUCAAAGUGUUGAGAAGUUUAUACAAAAGUGUAAACCAGAAUACAAAGUUCCUGGACUUUAUGUUAUUGACUCCAUUGUUCGACAAUCUAGACAUCAGUUUGGUCAAGAUAAGGAUGUUUUUGCACCAAGGUUCAGCAAUAACAUAAUCAACACUUUCCAGAACUUAUAUCGAUGUCCUGCAGAUGAAAAGAGCAAGAUUGUCAGAGUACUGAAUCUGUGGCAGAAGAACAAUGUUUUCAAGAGUGAAAUUAUCCAACCACUUCUUGAUAUGGCUGCUGGUAUUCCUCCACCUGUUUUCACACCUGUCUUACCUAGUACUGCUGCAGCUGUUAGUAAUACACCCGGGACGCCAGCCACUCCAGUUACUCCCGCAAAUGCAUCUCAAAGCAUUCCUGACCCAUGGAUUGCUCAGAUAACCAGUACAGACACCCUAGCUGCAGUGGCUCAGAUAUUACAAAGCCCUCAGGGACAACAGCUUCAGCAGUUGGUUCAGUCUUUGCAUGUACAGCAACAAAAGCCUCAGCCUUCUCUUCUCCAAGCACUAGAUGCUGGACUUGUGGUUCAGCUGCAAGCACUUACUGCUCAACUUACUGCUGCAGCUGCCGCAUCAAACACUCUGAACCCACUGGAGCAAAGUGUAUCCCUCAGCAAGAAACUAAUGGACAGGUUUGAUUUUGGGGAAGACACUGUGCAGAAUGACGAGCCAAAAAAGGAGACCCCAUCAAUUUUCAGCCCUCUUGCAUCGGAGUCUGUGAAUAACUCUCUGUUCCAUCAAAUUGCCGAACAUCUGCAGCAGCAAAAUCUUGAACAAUUCCGCCAUCAAUUUUUGGAACAGCAACAUGCUCAAAAGGUAGCUAUUCAGGAAACCCAGGAGAUGAUGUCUGAAUCUGAAAACUCUGCUACACCAUCCCAGGAUGACAGCCAGCAAGCAUUUUUAGAGAAAGAACUGCCUCAUCAUAAUUCACAAAAUAUACAGCAAGAGGAUAUGGAUAUUGAAGAAAUACAAGAUGUAACUGAGGAGAUGUUUGAAAAGGAAGAAAAGAAGAUUGUAAAAGAUGAAAAGCCAAGGGCUCGCUCCAAAUCACGAUCAAGAUCACCCAGGAAAAGACGUUCAAGAUCUCGAUCUGGAUCAAGGAAACGCAAGCAUAGAAAACGUUCUCGGUCAAAGUCAAGAGAAAGAAAGCGAAAGACCUCACGCUCAUAUUCAAGUGAAAGAAGAGCCCGAGAACGAGAAAAAGAGCGACAGAAAAAGGGUCUGCCUCCUAUUCGCUCCAAAACACUAAGUGUGUGCAGUACUACACUCUGGGUUGGACAGGUUGACAAAAAGGCAACACAGCAAGAUUUGACUAAUGUGUUUGAAGAAUUCGGACAGAUUGAAUCUAUUAAUAUGAUUCCACCUCGAGGCUGUGCCUAUGUUUGUAUGGUUCACAGACAAGAUGCAUUCAGAGCUCUUCAGAAGCUUAGUGCCGGCUCGUGUAAGAUCGGAUCGAAAGUCAUCAAGAUCGCUUGGGCAUUAAAUAAAGGUGUGAAAACAGAGUACAAGCAGUUCUGGGAUGUUGAUCUUGGAGUCACAUAUAUUCCUUGGGAAAAAGUAAAACUGGAUGAUCUAGAAGAUUUUUCAGAAGGUGGAAUGAUUGAUCAAGAAACUGUUAAUAAUGAACCUACUGUAACUAAGGAGCCCGUUUCUGUACCACCUCCCACUACUACUGUGCAGAGUCCAGUUAUUCCAAAAUCCACCAUAAUAACAACGCAAACAGAGGCAUAUACUCAGCCUGUUGCAAUGCUCCAGGCGCCAACUGUUCCUGCUGUCCCUGCUGUAAGUUUGGUACCGCCUUCAUUUCCUGUCUCCAUGACGGUUCCCCCUCCGGGCUUCACAAUUCCUCCGCCUCCAUUCAUGCGUGCAGGUUUCAACCCUUCACAGCCACCACCAGGUUUCAUUCCACCGCCAGUGCCACCACCUGCUAUUCCUCCUCCAAUUAGCUCAGCUAUUCCAACAGGUGAGUGA